CGCGAGCUUUGUCAGUAACAGUUGAUUGUAAUGUCAGUGCAGUCCAAUUUACAGGCUGGAGCAGCAGCUGCAUUCUGCAUUUCCCUGAAGUAUUCCAUGACUUUCACUCCUUGCAAACUUUAUCAUCUUUUGUUGCAGUGAGUCAGAGGAAGAAACCAUGAGGCAGAAAGGACCACAGAAGGGACCAUGGAAACAGAAAAAUACAAUAACAGAAGUCUAAGCUGGCCAUGAAUAGAACAGUGCGUAUUUCAGAAAAUACACAAGCUUGUAUUUCCUCCUCUAACCAAGAAAUCAAUAUGCAGAGCAAGGGUACAAUCAUAAGCAUCCAAUUUCUCUUGCGGUUUCUUCUGCUCUGGGUGCUCAUUGGGAAGUCACACACGGAAGAAGACAUCAUAAUUACAACCAAGAAUGGAAAAGUCAGAGGGAUGAACUUGCCAGUUCUUGAUGGCACGGUGACAGCCUUUCUGGGAAUUCCCUAUGCACAGCCACCUCUUGGUAGACUUCGAUUCAAAAAGCCACAAUUCUUGACCAAGUGGUCCGAUAUUUGGAAUGCCACAAAAUAUGCAAAUUCUUGCUAUCAGAAUGCAGAUCAAAGUUUCCCAGGCUUCCCUGGAUCAGAGAUGUGGAACCCAAACACUGAUCUCAGUGAAGACUGUUUAUACCUGAAUGUGUGGAUUCCAACACCUAAACCAAAAAAUGCUACUGUAAUGAUAUGGAUCUAUGGUGGUGGUUUUCAAACCGGAACAUCAUCUUUACCUGUUUAUGAUGGCAAGUUUCUGGCUCGGGUUGAAAGAGUUAUUGUAGUUUCAAUGAACUAUAGGGUGGGUGCCCUAGGAUUCUUAGCUUUACCAGGAAAUCCUGAGGUACCAGGGAACAUGGGCUUAUUUGAUCAACAGUUGGCACUACAGUGGGUCCAAAAAAAUAUAGCAGCCUUUGGUGGAAAUCCUAAAAGUGUAACUCUCUUUGGAGAAAGUGCAGGGGCGGGUUCAGUUAGCCUUCAUUUACUUUCUCCUAGAAGCCAGCCAUUGUUUACCAGAGCCAUUCUGCAAAGUGGAUCCUCUAAUGCCCCUUGGGCAGUAAUGUCUCUGGAUGAAGCCAAGAACAGAACACUGACCUUAGCUAAAUUUAUUGGUUGCUCUAAAGAAAAUGACACAGAGAUAAUCAAAUGCCUUCGAAACAAAGAUCCCCAGGAAAUUCUACUGAAUGAACUAUUGGUUGUCCCCUCUGAUACUCUUUUAUCUGUAAACUUUGGUCCAGUCGUGGAUGGUGAUUUUCUCACUGAUAUGCCAGACACACUACUCCAACUUGGACAGUUCAAAAAAACCCAGAUCUUGGUGGGUGUUAAUAAAGAUGAAGGGACAGCAUUUUUAGUAUAUGGUGCUCCUGGUUUCAGCAAAGAUAAUGACAGUAUCAUAACUAGAAAAGAAUUUCAAGAAGGUUUAAAAAUAUAUUUUCCAGGAGUGAGUGAAUUUGGAAGGGAAGCGAUUCUUUUUUAUUAUGUGGACUUGUUAGAUGAUCAGAGAGCUGAAAAGUACCGUGAGGCCUUGGAUGAUGUUCUUGGAGAUUACAAUAUCAUAUGCCCUGCAUUGGAGUUCACCACAAAAUUCUCAGAAUUGGGAAAUAAUGCCUUUUUCUACUAUUUUGAACACCGAUCUUCCCAACUUCCUUGGCCAGAAUGGAUGGGAGUGAUGCAUGGUUAUGAAAUUGAGUUUGUCUUUGGUUUGCCUCUGGAAAGAAGAGUUAAUUACACAAGAGCUGAGGAAAUUUUGAGCAGAUCCAUCAUGAACUACUGGGCAAAUUUUGCAAAAUAUGGAAAUCCAAAUGGAACCCAGAACAACAGCACACGAUGGCCUGCCUUCAGAAGCACCGAUCAAAAAUAUUUAACCUUGAAUGCAGAGUCACCAAAAGUAUACACUAAACUACGCGCUCAACAAUGCCGAUUCUGGACACUAUUUUUUCCCAAAGUCUUGGAAAUGACAGGAAAUAUUGAUGAAGCAGAACGAGAAUGGAGAGCAGGAUUCUAUCGCUGGAACAAUUACAUGAUGGACUGGAAAAAUCAAUUUAAUGAUUAUACUAGCAAGAAAGAAAGCUGUGCAGGUCUCUAAUUAAUAGAUUUACCCUUUAUAGAAUGUUCAUUUUCCUAUAGAUCAAGGUAAAAAUAUCACUAGCUCUCUUACACACCAUGUAAGAAAGCUAUUAUACUGCUGAAACAAAAAUGCCAGAAGGAUAAUAUCGAUUCCUCACAUCUUUCACUUAGUAUUAUACCUAGCAUUUCAAAACCCAAAUGGCUAGAAUAUGUUUAAUUAAAUUUCACAAUAUAAAGUUUGACAAUUAAUUUUAUGCAUAUUAAAAUGAUUUGUGGCUUCAAA